AUGACUCCUAAGGAUGCCUCACUCCGGUGCCUCUAUCUUGGACUUAGCCUCCUAUCGACGGUGCAGGCGCUCAAUUUGGGUUCCUUCGGUGGGCAGGCAGAAACCAAGUUACUGUUAGAGAGCGUCGCUGGUAUGGAAACAACACCGCAGGCUCGAGAAAUGCUUCUGCGGGCGAUCAAUAAUCAGCCCGACUACACGUGCACCGCAACAAAGCCUUGCGACUUGGGUUGUUGCGGCCCUCUUGAUGCCACCGGUACUGGUGCUUGUGGUUUUGGCCCCGUAUUCUGCGGCCCCAAAUGUACGAGCGACUGCGAACGGAAAUCCGAGUGCGAUGGCAACAACUGGGGCCUCCAGUAUGCCAACUUGACCAAAUGCCCGCUCAAUGUGUGCUGCAGUGAGCACGGUUUCUGCGGUACGACAAUCGAUUUCUGCGGCCCCGAUCCUGUACCGCACCCUCAGUGCGAUCUUUCCAAGCGGAGCGCCGACGCGCGUACCAUCGGCUACUACGAGGGCUGGAAUUAUCAACGUCCAUGUGGUAACAUGGAGCCUGAAGAAAUUCCCUUAGGACACUGGACGCACAUCAACUUUGCUUUUGCGCUAAUCAACCCCAAAACGUUCCACAUCGAGGACAUGGAUCCUGGCACCGGAUCUCGCUAUGGUCGUGUCGCCGGACUCAAGGAGAGGCAGCCCGAUCUCAAGGUCUGGAUUGCUGUUGGAGGGUGGGCAAUGAAUGAUCCUGGACCUUAUCGAACAGCUUUUUCCGACUUAGCUGCUAGUGAGGCCAAUCAAGAUAAGUUCUUCGAUUCGCUUUUGACUUUCAUGGAGAGAUAUAAUAUGGAUGGUGUCGAUCUGGAUUGGGAGUACCCUGUAGCAGAAGAUCGAGGCGGUAUCCCCGCAGACUUCGACAACUAUGUUAAUCUCCUCAGACGUUUGCGCCAGCGCUUGAAUGCUUCCGGUAGAGAGUACGGCAUCAGUUUGACACUCCCUGCUUCUUACUGGUAUCUCCGUGGUUUCAAUCUCCAGGAGAUGGAGCCAUACCUCGACUGGUUCAACAUGAUGACGUAUGACAUUCACGGCGUUUGGGAUGCCAGUAUCGACAGCCUCGGCCCUAUCGCCCAGGCGCAUACCAAUCUGACCGAGAUAAAGAUGGGUCUUGAGCUUCUGUGGCGCAACAACAUCAACCCAGAGCGUGUCGUACUUGGUCUCGGCUUCUACGGUCGCAGCUUUACCAUGAAAGACCCAGGAUGCAUGACGGCAGGCUGCGAGUUUAGCGAAGGCGCUAAUGGCGGUGCGUGCACGGGCACACCCGGCGUACUAUCGGCGGCCGAGAUCAACGAGGUCAUCGCUAAAGGUGCCACUGUCACGUACGACGAGAAGGCCGCUGUCAAGAUCGUCACUUGGGAUUCGAACCAGUGGGUUUCAUUUGACGAUACUCAAACGUUGGGAUCAAAGAUUGAUUUUGCGCACCAGCAUUGCUUAGGAGGGACUAUGGUAUGGGCUAUCGACCUUGAUGACGGUACACUCACCAAAGCCCUUGGUGAGAAUAUCGAGCGACGUGAGCUACCUACCUACGAACCAAGGAAUUACUUCGAGUGCGGCGCCAGGCCUGAGUUGUAGACACCUAAAAGCAGGCCGACAGGGGUGUUGCUGGAAAGUCAGUCUGAUCGGCCUUGAUACAUGUGGUCAAUGACCAAUCUAGCCGUCGACGUAUGCACAUUGCGCCGCUCAACAUGCACA